AUGGUGAGCUUUGAUGUAACCUCCUUAUUUACUAAUGUACCGGUAGCGGAAACUAUAGAGUUGAUAAAACGAAUGGCCGAACACGACGACUCUCUCACCGAGUACAUGAAGAUGAUAGAGUUUUGCCUCACUAGUGGAUAUUUUGUGUGGCGGGGUGAAUACUACUUGCAGAUAGAAGGAGUCGCAAUGGGUUCUCCGAUAGCUCCAGUGGUGGCUAACCUUUUUAUGGAAAAUUUUGAGCAGAGAGCGUUGGAGAGCUGCCCACAUAAGCCUAGGCUAUGGUGGCGAUAUGUCGACGACGUGUUUGCCGUAGUGACAGGCAGAGAUCUAGACCCGUUACUUGCCCACCUGAACGCGCAGCAUCCCAAGAUUACGUUCACUAUAGAGAAAGAGUGUAAUGGGGCUCUACCUUUUCUGGAUGUCCUAGUGCAGCGGGACGAACGUGGCCUUGUGACUCAUAAGGUGCAUAGAAAGGCUACACACACCGACAGGUACCUGCAAGCUGACUCGCACCAUCACCCUGCGCAUUUGUCUUCGGUGCCACGCGCUCUCAUCAACAGGGCUUUACGGCUCUGUGACCCGCAGUACGUGCAAGGCGAGCUGCAGCAUGUAAGGCAGGUGUUAGAGAAGAAUGGUUGCGGUGGUGAAAAAUUGUGUGUUUCACUCGGUGGCAAAACUGGCAGUUUGGCAGCAACCUUCGAGCCUUGA